AUGACGGAUGCUCAAACUCGAACCAUCGAGCAACAACAAGGAUUUAAUAAUAAUAAUAACCCGAGCGUAAAUAAUAUCUCGUCGAUGGCACCACCUCAAGACUACACAUAUGACCAGCCCGUUUCUACCUCUGCCUCGCAAUCACGUGGCGGCAGCAACUGGUCGAAUGCGAAUGGAACCUCAUAUGUACCACCGCAAGCUACAACGUGGAACGGACAAAGUCAAACUAAUGGUUCUAUAAUAGCUUCCAGUUCAGCCGCAUACAAUUCUUCUUCAAGUUAUAGCGAACAUAAUUUUACGCGACCGCCUGCUCCUAAUGGAAUAACGAUAAAUACUAGCAAUUUACCGAUAAGUAAUAAUUCAACAAUAAUUAAUACGGAAGGAAUCUCAACCGAUUUAAAUUCUUUUUCAGGUCAUAUUUCACAAUUGAAUACUCUUGCUGAUGAGACUGGUGCAAAAUAUGUGAUACAUACGGGAGAUUUUGGAUUUUAUGAAACGUCAACUUUGGAGAGAAUCAAUACAAGAGCACUACGUUAUCUGGUUCGAUAUAGCAAUCUUGUGUCUCCUCAAACUCGCGCACGUCUCAUAGACGAAAAUGUGAGCACACAAGAGCUACGAAGUGAAAUUCUAGGUUCAGAGAACCCACUUCUCUCGGAAUUUCCUUUGCUUCUUGAUGGGCGACUGAAACUCAAAGUUCCUGUAUACGCUGUCUGGGGAUCAUGUGAAGAUAUUUGCGUGCUCGAGAAUUUUAGAUCCAAGAAAUACGUUGUGCCAAAUUUAUUUAUAUUAGACGAAUCAAACACACAGCUUAUUGUUACAGGAAAUGUGAAUUUGCGGCUUUUUGGAUUAGGAGGUGCUGUCGUGCCGCAUAAAUUGUUCGAUAACGGAGAAGGAACGGGCACAAUUGCCGGUGGUGGUGGUACAAUGUGGACUACGACUCUACAGAUUGGUGAAUUGAUCGAUACAGCUCAGAAAUUUUAUCAUCCUAGCGAGACCAGAGUUCUUGUCACUCAUAAUAGUCCUGGUCGAGUAGGAUUGCUUGCCCAAUUAUCUCUUGUUCUAAGGGCUGACUUUACUAUCUCAGCGGGACUGCAUUUUCGUUACUGUGUUUCAUAUAACGAAUUCGCAGUACAAUGUGACCAAGAGAACUUUAGAAGCAAACUAGAAAAUUCACGAAAGAGCUUCUAUCACAUGUACAAUUCUAUUAAGGAACAAGUAGAAAAAAAUAUCGAUACUGCACAAAAAACACUUCUUGACAAUGCAUUAACCGUGGUUAAUCGGGUUCCGGCUCAAGAUAAAGAAGAGCUUGCUUUUAAAAAUAUAUGGAAUUUUAAUUUACCUGAUGCAGCAUUCGGAUAUAUAUUAUUGGAUAUCAGUGAUGGGCGGAUAUCAGCAGAAACAAAAUCUCAAGGUUUCAAUUUUGCACAUCGUCGAAAUAAUAUGCCGGCAGAUGGUCCAAACGGUACAACAACGAACUCAGUUAACCAAGCCCCUGACAGUCCAAACGCUAUUAAUCCUGUUAGCCGUCGUCAACCAUCACAAUGGCAGACGCUCACACCUCCUCAAGCUCCGCCAAGCAUUCGAUCACAGUCACCCAAUAUAUUAAAUAAUAGAUCUGUAUCGCCUGCCAAUAUAAACGAUCAAGGUGGAAACAAUAGUUCUUUCCGUUACGAUACUGUAUCAUCAUUACAUGUUCCAAAUGAAACCAUUUCUCGAAAAGGAACGCCAUCGCCAAAUGAUUUCCCGGAAACAAAAACAAAUAGCUCUAUGAACAGUAACUAUUUAAAUAAUAAUAAAUAUUCCAAUUAUAAUCUCAAUGGCGACAUUCAUCGUUCAGAAUCUCCUAAAAUCGGAAAUAAUAACAAUAUUCAAAAUGAAGAUGAUGAUGAUUCUUCGUCAAACAGCCAAUUGAAUCAUCCGCCGGUUACGGCUGAAGAUCUAAAAAACGUCUUUUCCUCAGUCAAAGACGGUAUCGAUAAGGUACGAAUACUGUAUGAGAAAACUGAUCCAUCAAUUCAACGUAAUUUUGCAUAUGUUGAUUUUCUGGACGAAGCAUCUCUACAAAAAGCCCUUCUUCUCAAUGGAGAGAAAUUGAGAGAAGAUACACUAGUUAUCAAGAGGGCCGAAGAUCGAAGUUUUUAUGAUUAUCGAAACCGUGGUGGUCGAGGACGUAGCCGAGGGCGUGGUAACUAUCGCGGUAACUAUCGCGGUGGUCCCCACCACCAUAAUGGAGGAGGUGGCGGACAUAAUGGUGGACAGAAUUAA